UCUCUCUUUUUUUCUCCACCAUGCCACAGGCUCUGAAAAUACUUCAUCAGAAAUUUCAGACCGGACAGACUCAUAGUGGCUUCUGAGCCAGUGAGACCGAGGCUGCCAAAGCAUGCUGGUGCCAAACUGUCGGAUGAUGCACGUAGCCAGGCCAGUCGUGGUGCUCCUGUGCUUUCUGCUUUCUGCUGAUGCUGAAACACCGCCAAAAUUUACAAGAACUCCCGUUGAUCAGACAGGGGUCUCUGGAGGCGUCGCAUCAUUCAUCUGCCAAGCUACAGGAGACCCAAGACCUAAAAUUGUCUGGAAUAAAAAGGGCAAGAAAGUCAGCAAUCAGAGAUUUGAGGUAAUAGAAUUUGAUGAUGGAUCUGGAUCGGUUCUCAGAAUACAGCCUCUGCGGACUCCACGGGACGAAGCUAUUUAUGAAUGUGUUGCUUCCAAUAAUGUUGGAGAAAUAAGUGUGUCCACUAGACUCACUGUUUUACGUGAGGAUCAAAUUCCUCGUGGUUUUCCCACCAUUGAUAUGGGCCCCCAGUUGAAGGUGGUUGAACGCACUCGCACAGCCACUAUGUUAUGUGCAGCCAGCGGCAAUCCUGAUCCUGAAAUAACUUGGUUUAAAGACUUUUUACCCGUUGACACAAGCAACAACAACGGACGUAUCAAACAAUUACGAUCAGGUGGUACACCAAUAAGAGGUGCCCUCCAAAUCGAACUGAGCGAAGAGUCUGACCAAGGCAAAUAUGAGUGUGUUGCAACCAACAGUGCGGGUACACGCUAUUCUGCCCCUGCCAAUCUAUAUGUCAGAGAGCUGCGAGAAGUUCGCCGGGUCCCACCAAGGUUCUCUAUCCCACCGACUAAUCACGAGAUCAUGCCAGGAGGGAGUGUUAACAUCACUUGUGUUGCCGUGGGGUCACCAAUGCCCUAUGUGAAAUGGAUGCUAGGGGCUGAAGAUCUGACGCCCGAAGAUGAUAUGCCAAUAGGCAGGAAUGUCCUUGAGCUUAAUGAUGUCAGGCAGUCUGCAAAUUACACUUGUGUUGCUAUGUCCACCCUGGGUGUUAUAGAAGCAAUAGCACAGAUAACUGUCAAAGCCUUACCCAAACCUCCGGGAACUCCUGUGGUGACAGAAAGCACAGCAACAAGCAUAACAUUGACUUGGGAUUCCGGGAACCCCGAGCCAGUCUCAUACUACAUAAUCCAGCAUAAACCUAAAAAUUCUGAGGAACUGUAUAAAGAAAUUGAUGGUGUGGCUACAACACGGUAUAGUGUUGCAGGUCUAAGCCCAUAUUCAGAAUAUGAAUUCAAGGUAGUUGCUGUUAAUAAUAUUGGACGGGGCCCACCCAGUGAACCAGUGUCAACAAGGACCUCAGAACAAGCACCAUCUAGUGCACCUCGCAGUGUACAGGCUCGUAUGUUGAGCUCAACUACAAUUUUGGUACAAUGGGAAGAACCCGAGGAACCAAAUGGCCAAAUUCAAGGAUACAGAGUUUAUUACACCAUGGACCCCACCCAACAUGUUAAUAACUGGAUGAAACACAAUGUGGCUGACAGCCAUAUCACCACUAUUGGAAAUUUAGUACCACAGAAAACAUACUCUGUGAAGGUUCUUGCUUUUACUUCUGUCGGGGAUGGACCCCUUUCUACUGACAUUCAAGUCAUCACUCAGACAGGAGUGCCAGGUCAACCGCUGAACUUCAAAGCAGAACCUGAAUCUGAAACAAGCAUAUUACUUUCUUGGACCCCUCCCCGCUCUGACACCAUUUCCAGCUAUGAACUGGUUUACAAAGAUGGGGACCAGGGUGAAGAGCAACGUGUUUCGGUUGAGCCAACAACAUCUUACCGCCUGCAAAGCCUGAAGCCAAACAGCUUGUAUUACUUCCGUCUGGCUGCCCGCUCUCCACAAGGCCUGGGUGCUUCAACUGCAGAAAUCUCAGCAAGAACCAUGCAGUCAAAGCCAUCAGCUCCUCCUCAAGACAUUAGUUGCACCAGCCCCAGCUCCACUAGCAUUUUGGUAAGUUGGCAACCUCCACCGGUGGAAAAACAGAAUGGCAUUAUCACAGAAUAUUCAAUCAAGUACAUUGGGAUUGAUGGGGAAGAUGACAAGCCCCAUGCAAUUUUGGGAAUUGCUUCAGACACUACCCAGUACCUUUUGGAAAACUUGGAAAAAUGGACUGAAUACCGGAUCUCUGUGACAGCCCACACUGAUGUCGGACCUGGCCCAGAGAGCUUAUCAGUAUUGAUUCGCACAGAUGAAGAUGUUCCUAGUGGUCCUCCUCGCAAAGUCGAGGUAGAGGCUGUCAACUCUACAUCUGUUAAAGUGUCAUGGCGCUCACCUGUACCCAAUAAGCAGCAUGGUCAGAUCCGAGGAUACCAGGUUCAUUAUGUGAGGAUGGAAAAUGGAGAGCCAAGGGGUCAACCCAUGCUGAAGGAUGUCAUGCUGGCUGAUGCACAGUGGGAAUAUGAUGAUACUGCUGAACAUGAAAUGGUCAUUUCUGGACUACAGCCUGAAACUACAUACUCCCUCACUGUGACAGCCUAUACAACAAAAGGAGACGGAGCACGUAGCAAGCCUAAACUAGUGUCUACUACUGGUGCAGUUCCAGGGAAACCUCGGCUUGUGAUAAGCCACACACAGAUGAACACGGCUCUUAUUCAGUGGCACCCUCCUGUCGAUACCUUUGGCCCCCUGCAGGGUUACCGCCUGAAGUUUGGCCGCAAAGACUUGGAUAUGUUUACGACGCUGGAGUUCUCAGAGAAAGAAGACCACUUCACAGCUACAGAUAUUCACAAAGGAGCUUCUUAUCUCUUCAGGCUUUCUGCUAGAAAUAAAGUGGGUUACGGGGAGGAGAUGGUAAAAGAGAUUUCUGUUCCUGAAGAGGUACCCAGUGGAUUCCCUCAGAGCCUCCAUUCAGAAAGCUCCACCUCUACGUCGGUCCAAUUAACUUGGCAGCCACCAGUCUUAGCCGAACGAAAUGGCAUUAUCACCAAAUACACCCUGCUAUACAGAAAUAUCAAUGUUGCACACCACCCAAUUGAGCUCCCCAUUGUUCCCGCCGAUACCACUAUGACACUUUCUGGCUUAAAACCAGAUACUACAUAUGAUGUAAAAGUACGUGCCCACACGAGCAAAGGGCCCGGUCCAUAUAGUCCAAGUGUCCAGUUCAGGACACUGCCUGUGGAUCAAGCAGUGUUCGCAAAAAAUUUUCAUGUAAAAGCAGUAAUGAAGACGUCCGUGUUGCUAUCUUGGGAGAUUCCAGAGAAUUACAAUUCUGCCAUGCCUUUCAAAAUCCUUUACGAUGAUGGGAAAAUGGUCGUUGAGGUGGAUGGUCGAGCCACUCAGAAACUUAUAACUAAUUUGAAGCCAGAAACAUCAUAUUCCUUUGUUCUGACGAAUAGGGGAAACAGUGCUGGAGGUCUUCAGCAUAGGGUUACAGCAAAGACUGCACCAGAUGUACUGCGCACCAAGCCAGUCUUCAUUGGGAAGACCAAUUUAGAUGGGAUGAUAACUGUGGAACUUCCUGAAGUACCUGCAAAUGAGAAUAUAAAAGGUUAUUAUAUAGUAAUUGUGCCUUUGAAGAAGUCUCAUGGAAAGUUUAUCAAGCCAUGGGAAAGUCCAGAUGAAAUGGAAUUAGAUGAGAUGCUGGUAUGUAUUGAAGAAGGGGGAGAGAGAGAGAAACAGCAGUGUUCCCAAGAAGUUGAAUUAAAGCCAUACAUUGCAGCUCACUUUGAAGUUCUACCUACUGAGUUCACCCUGGGGGAUAAAAAGCAGUAUGGUGGUUUUGAGAAUAAGCAACUCCAAAGCGGUCAAGAAUAUGUCUUCUUUGUUUUGGCUGUAAUGGAGCACUCUGAAUCUACCAUGUAUGCAACCAGCCCAUAUUCGGAUCCUGUUGUGUCAAUGGAUCUUGAUCCUCAGCCAAUUACAGAUGAAGAAGAAGGCUUGAUUUGGGUUGUAGGACCAGUUCUCGCAGUGGUGUUUAUCAUCUGUAUUGUUAUAGCUAUCCUUCUUUAUAAAAGUAAACCUGACAGGAAGAGGGCUGAGUCCGACUCUAGAAAAAGCAGUAUACCUAACAGCAAGGAAAUUCCUUCUCAUCAUCCCACAGAUCCAGUGGAGCUGCGACGCCUUAAUUUUCAAACUCCAGGAUCAGGAAUCCCUUCAUGUCCUGCUUUGAGUAGCAUGGCUAGCCAUCCUCCAAUACCUAUCUUGGAACUUGCAGAUCACAUUGAAAGAUUGAAAGCUAAUGACAAUUUGAAGUUCUCACAAGAAUAUGAGUCAAUUGACCCUGGCCAGCAGUUCACGUGGGAGCAUUCUAACCUGGAAGUAAACAAACCAAAGAAUAGAUAUGCGAAUGUAAUUGCAUAUGACCAUUCUCGUGUUCUACUUUCAGCAAUAGAAGGCAUACCUGGAAGUGACUAUGUCAAUGCCAACUACAUAGAUGGAUACAGAAAGCAGAAUGCUUACAUUGCAACUCAAGGGGCUCUCCCAGAAACCUUUGGAGAUUUCUGGAGAAUGAUGUGGGAGCAACGGGGUGCAACUGUGGUCAUGAUGACAAAACUGGAGGAGAGGUCCAGGGUGAAGUGUGAUCAGUAUUGGCCAAGCAGAGGGACAGAGACUUAUGGGCUGAUCCAAGUGACUCUGCUAGACACUGUGGAAUUGGCAACAUACUGUGUUCGAACAUUUGCACUUUACAAGAAUGGUUCAAGUGAGAAAAGAGAAGUACGACAGUUCCAGUUCACUGCCUGGCCUGACCAUGGAGUUCCAGAACAUCCGACACCCUUCCUAGCUUUCCUACGACGAGUCAAAACUUGUAAUCCUCCUGAUGCCGGCCCUAUGGUUGUACAUUGCAGUGCUGGAGUCGGCAGGACUGGCUGCUUCAUUGUAAUAGAUGCCAUGUUAGAGAGAAUAAAGCAUGAAAAGACUGUAGAUAUUUACGGCCACGUAACUCUAAUGAGAGCCCAGAGGAAUUACAUGGUUCAGACGGAGGACCAAUACAUCUUUAUCCAUGAUGCACUGCUGGAAGCAGUGACAUGUGGAAAUACCGAAGUGCCAGCCAGAAAUCUGUAUGCAUAUAUUCAGAAGCUGACACAGAUAGAAACAGGAGAGAAUGUCACAGGAAUGGAACUGGAAUUUAAGCGUCUAGCUAGCUCUAAAGCUCAUACUUCAAGAUUCAUCAGUGCCAAUCUUCCAUGUAAUAAAUUCAAAAAUCGCCUUGUUAAUAUUAUGCCAUAUGAAUCAACGAGGGUAUGUUUGCAGCCAAUCCGAGGAGUAGAAGGCUCUGAUUAUAUCAAUGCCAGUUUUAUUGAUGGAUACAGGCAACAAAAAGCCUACAUAGCUACACAGGGACCUUUGGCAGAGACAACUGAAGAUUUCUGGAGGAUGCUCUGGGAGCAUAACUCCACAAUCGUAGUCAUGCUUACUAAACUGCGAGAAAUGGGCAGAGAAAAAUGCCACCAGUAUUGGCCAGCAGAGCGUUCAGCCAGAUAUCAGUAUUUUGUGGUAGACCCCAUGGCAGAGUACAACAUGCCACAGUAUAUCCUAAGGGAAUUCAAGGUCACGGAUGCCAGGGACGGCCAGUCCCGAACAGUGAGGCAAUUCCAGUUCACUGACUGGCCAGAACAAGGAGUGCCAAAGUCGGGAGAAGGAUUUAUUGACUUCAUAGGCCAAGUUCAUAAAACAAAAGAGCAGUUUGGUCAGGAUGGACCGAUCUCUGUUCAUUGUAGUGCGGGUGUUGGGAGAACUGGAGUAUUCAUAACCCUGAGCAUCGUGUUGGAAAGAAUGAGAUAUGAAGGUGUUGUAGAUAUCUUCCAGACAGUCAAAAUGUUAAGGACACAACGGCCAGCCAUGGUACAGACAGAGGAUCAAUACCAGUUUGGCUAUCGAGCUGCGCUGGAAUACUUGGGCAGCUUCGAUCACUAUGCAACGUAAACCCCCCCUGACCCAUCCUGGAUUUUUACUGCAGGCCCUUUAAGAUCCAGAGAGCCUCUUCUGAGCCAUACAGUGUGCUUGAGAAGUACUUCUUAACUCCUAGCUAAAGACCAAUUAGUGGGAAUAUGAAAAAAAAACACACACACAAACCCCAAGAACUAUUCCAGAUGGACCAAGAAUUCACAGUUUAAUAACCUAACCUGAAAUAUAAUAAAAGAAUCCUGACUGGUGAGGCGUCUGAAGGAUCUCAUUUACAGAUACCUCAAGGAUUCAACUUUGGUUGAAAUUAAAGGGAAGAGGAGAUUAUUGCAAAGAACCAUCAUCUUGUUCAGGAUUGCAUGAUUGUUGCAAAGAUGAAUGUUGAGAGUACUGCAAUUCAGUCCAAGAUGUUUGUUAAAAGGCCGGCAGCUGGCUUCUUAAAACAAAAUGGACUCUUUGCUUCAACAUCACCCCUUCCCACCAUAAUGCUCAUAAUAACACUUUAAGGGAAUUGGGGGAAUGUUUAAAAAGAAAGUCCUUGAUUUAGUUUUUUAGUAUUGUAAAGAUACUGCUGACCUGUGCUUCAUUUUUAACCGUGUAAACUUUUUUCCUUUUUUUAAUAAGAGUUUAUCAUUUGAUGAAGUGAAUUUAAAAAAGGUUGCAUAACUGUUCAUUUUUUGUUUCAGAAUUGUAGGGUUUUUUUAAGCUGUGGAACUGUUACCUGUAAUAUCUUGCUGUAGAAAUGUUAAAUAAUUUGAAAAUUUGCACAUUUUUGUGCAGUCCUAUAUUUAUCUACAGUACCACAUUCUUCUUAGAUAUUACAGUUUGGUUUAUUUUUUUUAAAGAAAUACUAAAUCAGUUAAUCAAAGUGGGGCUUUUUUGGUUUCUUUUGGAAUCAACAGGGAGGCGCAAAGUAUAAAGCUGCUGCUAAUUCACACACACACACGUGUGUGCACACUUUCUUUAUAACUGUCUAGCUAUAUCUAUCUAUCUGUAUAUCUUCAGGGAUACAGACAGAUAGAUAUAUACACACAUAAAUAUAUAUAUAGAUGCAUCAGUUCUUCCAUGACUUGGAUUUAUUGAAGUGGUGAGAGAGUUUUCCAGAAUACUACAUUCAACCCAUGUGGUACUUUUCAAACAUCUUUGCAUUUCCAAGCUCCAUAGCUUUUUGGUUAGAAGGGAAUGAGGAAUGCACAUCAGUGAUAUUUGAACCUCACCCCAACUGGGAAAAAAAUAUUGUUUAUAUACACAAAGACACACACACACACACACACACGUUAUGUGGUUGAAGCUUCAAAUGAAGUUCAGUAUUUGUAACACUAUAGUGCAAUAAUAAACCAUAUUAUUAAGUAUAGGAGGUGUGCAUGUGGGGAAGGUCAGUGCAUAUCCCUUUAGGAGGGGAGAAUGUUGUAAUAUACUAGCUAUCAAGAUGUUUAAAACGUGUAUUCAGUCAUAUAUUGUCUAUGGUAUGUGCUAAGAAAUUUGCAUUUAUGAUGUGUAACAGAGCAAAGCCAAACUCAUGUUGCUCUGUUAAUAAAUCAGAAAUAUUUUGUGGCAUACAGCAUCAUUUAGAGAUGCUGUUUUUUAUUUUUAUUUCACAUUUUAGAGUGCCUUAUAUUGAUGCCUAUUUUGAUAGCAUUUCUUUAAGUUUUCUUUUGUCUGUAUUUCCAUUAGUUAAUUCAUAUCUUUGUUACUCUUUUCCGUUAAAGCACAUGUACAAAACACUUUGAAUAAUAUGCAUUCCUGGUUUUUAACCAAAUAUGGGAUGUUAAUAAAUACAAGCCCAGAACACUUGGGUAGUCAGGGCCCUUUAUCUUUUCAUAACUCCAACAGACAUACCACAAUUUUAAAGUUCCUUCCAAAUUGGCUCUCAUAAACCACAGUGUUGAUGAUUACGGUAUUGUCAUUGCAGAGAUGUAGGACUGCAAUCGUAGUAAGUAAUAGUUGUUGUUAGCAGUACUCAUGCAUCAUUCCUUUAAUUUAGGGCCAACUCCUGCUUGCAAUACACGUGGCUCACUGAAUGGGCUCACUGAAAUCAAAUUAUCAGUCGCAAUGGGACUAUUAGUAUGAAUAAGGCAAGCAGGAUUUAGCCCUCGGAGUAUGUUUUAAAAGGUUUUGCUUUCCAUUUGAGAAAAAAAUUCUUUAAACAGUAUAAAAUAUUUUCUGAGAUUCUACAGGAAGCCAUUUACAAUGGCCCGGGUCUCUAUCAUGCCUUGUACCAUGUUAGCACAAAAAUUGAAGGAACUCUUUCUUUCAGGUGUCAGAUAAGUAUCAUCCAUAUAGUUCAGCUAUGUUGAUGUAACAGACAGGAUUUUUUUUCCUUCCAUAUUUCCCAUCGUUAAUAGAAAGAAAUGUAUGAAAGACCAAACACUAGCAAGCAUUGUAUUUGAGCACUUUUGUAAAAAAAACAAACAAACAAAACAAAACAAAAACAAAUAUAAAUAUAUAUAUAUAUAUAAUAAUAAAAGUAUUAUAGAAGGCUACCUCAAGAAUGAGAUUCUAUAACUUAUAUCAGAACCAGAGAAGAAUGUGCACUAUGUUUCUUUUUUCUUCUUCUUCUUCUUUUUUGAUUUGUAUCUUUUGAAGAAUUAUUAAAGUGCCAGAUUACGUAGUGCAGUUGUGUUCUUUUAGCCAAAUAUAGUCAGACAUUCACACCAUUUUAGAAGCAUAGACUAGAGAGGGCUGUUGCACACCAGAGCUGUUAACAGGUCAGAGUUUUCUUUCCACUGAAACUUUUGAAAAUUCUAAAGAAAAUGGGGGGAAAAACUGAAAUAAAUAGCGAGUGAGGGAAAGUAUUGUAGGGCAAAUGAGAUUGCGAAUAUUCCAAUAAUCUUGCUAUUCAGGAGUUGUUUCUAAAGAUAACUCUGUUAGCAUCAUUGAUGUGCAUUCCACUUUCUGUACACUAAUGUAUAGUCAUUCUAUAGUUAGUUUAAAGAAAAAGCAUCUUUCAUUUUCCAUAAUCUUCCAAGCUUAGAAUUGGUUUCAUCAGCAUAACCAGUACGGUGCUAUUAUUUACCUAUGUAUGUGUAGUUAUGUAUAAUUUUGUAAUUAGUUACAAUGGAAAAAACUCAAAAUAUAUAAAAAUGAUUUGUACAGAACUUUAUUUUAGCUCUUUUUUUUAAAAUGAUUUGCAUGGUUAGACAAUGGAGAGGCUGGCUGGGGGAAGGGAGGGCCCUCUAGGGAGAUCUGCACUUUCUAUACCUUUGUACUAUGCACUGCCCUAUUGAUUCUACACCCAAUAAUGUUAUUACUUGAACCCAUCUGUAAGAAACUGCUUAUGAAAAUCCACUUGUGUGUAUGUAAAUAACACAGAACAUGUAAAAAUGGAGGGGGGGAAGAAUGUUUGCAACAACAAAAAAUGCAACUGCUUUUUUCCCUUUUAUUCUUCUUUCCAUCUUUUUUUUGUGUUUUUUUUUUGUUUGUUUUGGUCGAUUGGGUUUUUUUUGUUUGUUUGUUUGUUGGGGUUCUCUGAUACUCCAGCAGAUAUCAGAAGGCUGCAAGUCCCGUCAUCCCCAUCUGUUACGUGGCUUUGCCAUCCAAGCUUGGAGUGUCUUUACAAAGAUAAUAAAAGUUGUGUUCUUUGCUCUCGUUUUGGAUGCAUAGACUGAAAAAUUUAAAAAAAAAUUACCUUGUAAAAUGGCUUGUUAAAAAAAUACAAUUACCUCUAAUUAGUAGUACGCGUAAAUGUUUUACAGAAUGAAAGGCGUGCUUUUUAUUUUCUUACUUCGUUACAUUGGUGGCGAAAGAAAGUCUGUAUGAAAAUCAGUUCUUUGCUGACACAAGUUCCAUUUGUUACAAAUGAAUUCUAAUAAAAAUGUCAGUGUUAUGCAGC